AAUAUGAUUUUUCCACAUGUUUCCACUGAGUGACGACACACAUGUUGUUUAAAGCGAAAUAAAGGGAAUAAAACAGCGAUUAAAGCAGAUAAAACAGCGAUGUAAUAACUGGAUAACUCCUUCAGCUCGAUAAAGUAAGUGAUAAAGAUGCUGAGUGAUUGUGAAGCUGCUGAGCUGCUCUCCUUCCUCUCCCCCGACACUCGUCCUGAUGUCAAAGGUCACACCACCGAGUACCUGCUGGGCCUGUCGGGACACAGGGACGGCUGUCGCUUCCUGCGCUCUAAACCCGACCUCCUGGCCGCUCUGUUCGCUCUGACCUCUGACCCCUCGGUGGCCGUCGCUAAGGACUGUUACCACGUCCUCAUCAACCUGUCGACAGACGAGACGCUGCACCAGGUUCUGGUGUCAGAUGUUAAAAUCGUCCCGGUGCUGCUGAAGAAGCUCCAGGAUCCAGACUACCUGUUCUCGGACCAGAUCUGUGCCGUCCUGUCCAACCUGACCCGCCACCUGAAGACCUGCAGGACCGUGUUCCCGGUCCUGCAGGAGGAGCUGGGUCUGGCUCAGCUGGUGGAGAUCUUCUGUACUGAAGGUUUCAAUCAGAAGGCCAAGCUCCACUACCUGAGUCCUCUCCUGUCCAACCUGACCCAGCUGCCUGAGGCCCGCAGCUACAUGAUGGACAGAGAGCGCUGUGUGGUCCAGAGGUUGCUCCCCUUCACUCAGUAUCAGGCCUCAGUAGUGAGGAGAGGCGGAGUCAUCGGGACGCUACGCAACUGCUGCUUUGACCACGCCCACCAUGACUGGCUGCUCAGUGACUGUGUGGACCUCCUGCCGUUCCUCCUGCUGCCGCUGGCCGGACCAGAGGAGCUGACGGAGGAGGAGAACGACGGUCUCCCGGUGGACCUGCAGUACCUCCCUGAGGACAAGAAGAGGGAAGAAGACCCCGACAUCAGGAAGAUGCUGCUGGAGACUCUGCUGCUGCUGACGGCGACUAAAUCUGGGCGUGAGACGCUGAAAGACAAGAACGUUUAUCCGAUCAUGAGAGAAUAUCACCGCUGGGAGAAGGACGUCAUCGUUAAAGCUGCAUGUGAGAAACUCGUACAGGUGCUGAUCGGAGACGAGCCGGAGCGGGGCAUGGAGAACCUGAUGGAGGUGGAGAUCCCCGAGGAGGUGGAGGAGAAACUGAAGGAGGCGGACGUCAAGGAGCAGGAGGAGCUGGAGAAGGAGCAGGAGGAGCUGAGGCAGGAGGAGGAGAAGAAGAGUGAGACAGACAGAGAAGAGGAGAGUGGACUGACACGAUGAAGACCUUUAAACUGACUGAUUCAUCUUCAUCAUCAUCUUCAUCCAGACGUUCAGACAGAAACCAGAUGUUUGUCAGCAGGAGGAGAAUCUCUGCUGGAGAACUGACAGGAAGUCAGUAACGAUAGAGGAGAAGAAGAGUUUCUGCUCCUUCAUCAGUGAUGGAUCAUAAACUGAUUUUACUGCUGCAGCCGUUAAUAAACCGUGAGGUGACAGAUAUUAAUCUGCUUCUCCGGUCUGGAGUUUGUUUUUUACAGCGUCAUUUGGAAAAGAGUCCAUAAUUAUCAUUCAACUUAUUAAAAGUGUGAAAGAAAACUCGA